AUGUACGAAGGGAUUGACAAUCUAAAUUCCCUUUACGACCGUGCCGGGAAGACUUUCUCCGGCGGUCCUUCUGCGGCACAGGAUGUGCCUCAUCGUACUGCUCGACCGGACCCAGUACGUCAACCAUCAGUUGGGAGCGGGGCUCCCAAGUAUCCCAGGACGGGGGAUAGCCGCGCCACCAGACGAGAUAACUCGUCCGACGUCCGUUCACGUCGCGGUGUUUCAACAGCUGCUCAACCAGAUAGCGCUGGCCACCGCGAGAGUCCUCUAAUGGAGGUGGAGGAGGAGGAAAGACGCUCUCCACACGAUCAUGUGGAUCGGUGUGUUCCCGAGAGCUUCUUUGAUCGCGUAACGCAAGGGUUACGCGACGAUCUCGAACAUGAGCGGAAUGGGCGUCUCCAAAUGGCGGACACUGCCUCGAAGCAUCGAGCUGAGUUUGCCUUUGCUCAGCUCGAGAACGAGAGAUCUCUGACAUCUCUUCGUGACGAGCUAAGGGUAGAUCGUGGGAUUGUUGAUCGGUCUCGGGAUGAGAUAGCUGCUCUUCAGACCCUUGUUGAUGCCCACCAUCGGGAGCACAAGGCUCUCUGCGAGAUGCUUGAGCGCAAGGGCGUUCUUCAUCGGAAGAAGCAGCGUACUGAUGGCACGGCUUAA